CGGUUGACCUCAAAUGUUGCCUUUAACUGUUUAAGUACACAUGCUUUCUGUGUUUACAUUGCAUUACAGGUGUAAACGCCAGCGAGAUAAGAUACACAUGCAGGAUUUUUAAAAGUUUUUUUUUUAACAAGCGGAAAUAUUUUUUGCCACAGGUAAGUUGACAAGCUCAGUAUGUAGUUCGGAUUAUGGGCCAGUGUCUGAGUCUUGAUCAGGAGGAACUUAAGGCCCGGGCACGGAGUGAGGCAAUAGACAAAGACCUACAGACCUGGGCCAAGAAAGACCAAAAUGUCAUCAAAAUUCUCUUACUGGGGGCUGCAGAAGGUGGAAAGAGUACCCUGGUAAAACAGAUGAAGAUCAUCCAUAAUGAUGGCUUCUCAUUCGAUGAGCUGCGAUCAUUUAAGCCAGCAGUUCUUGACAAUUUGUUGGGCUCUAUGAAGUAUGUUCUCACUGGCAUGGGGCUGCUUCGCAUCAACCUGGAAAAUCCAAAGAACAGGCACCAUGCCCAGGUGAUUUUAACAUGUACCUGUUGCUUUGACAAGCGACAUGACAUGAUUCCACAGGUGUAUACAGCACUCCGAGCCCUAUGGCAAGACCGAGGGGUGAGGAAUGCAGUUUCAAGGGGAUACGAGUACGAACUGAAUGACUCUGCUAUUUAUUACUUUGAGAAUAUGGACAGAAUAUGUAAGCCAGAAUUUGUGCCAAACUCUAAAGAUGUGCUGAGGGUCAGAGUUCGGACUACGGGGGUCCUAGAAACCUGCUUCAAGAUCGAAAAUGUCGUCAUCAGAAUGUUUGAUGUUGGGGGUCAGAGGUCAGAGAGAAAGAAGUGGAUCUCCUGUUUUGACUGUGUCAAGGCUGUUCUCUUUGUGGUGGCACUUAGUGCUUAUGACAUGUGCUUAUAUGAAGACCCUGAUGUGAAUCGUCUUCGAGAGAGUUUAACUUUGUUUAGGGGGAUAUGCAAUAAUAGAUUCUUCAGAGAGGCAGCAAUGAUACUUUUCCUUAAUAAGCUGGAUUUGUUCAAAGAUAAAAUUCGCUAUUCUGGUCGACAUUUAAGGCUUUUCUUUGAAGAAUACAGAGGGAAAGACAAAGAUGUGAAAUCAGCAGCCAUAUUUAUACAGCAACAGUUCAUGGAUCAAAAUACAGUAGCAUCCAAAGUCAUCUACCCACAUUUCACCACCGCCACAGAUACAAGCAAUAUUCAAGUAGUUUUUCAAGUUGUCAUGGAUUCCAUACUCAGAGACAAUCUUAGAAAAGCCUCCAUUUUAUAGCUGUCGCUGACCAUUGACAGUAUAGGUGAAAUUAAUAUGUCUUCCAACACAAAGUCUCAUCUUUAUCAAGUGAUGGGUAUCUGUAUUAUUCAAAGCACCUGUUGUAACAGUUAAUUAUUAAUUUUAUGAGACGUUUAUCCUUUUCUGUUCAUGGACACAAACUUAUAUAUCACUGAAUUAAGAUAAGCAUAGUCUACAUUCUCUACUUGAAUAUAUAUGCAUGUAAUGCAACCGGUGCACAUGUAGUCUCGGCAGAUUUUCAUCAACUUUAUCAUCUCAAAUCUCAUUUUUCACCAGCCUCAAAGGCAUACUAAAGUCAAGUAUUUUCUUGAAUAUUGUUUCUUUUUCAAGCAUUUUACAACACUGCCAGUGUGGUUUUGUGCAUUUUGUAAAUAUUAAAAAAUAGAUAGCUUAAGGGAGCAAACUGUUGGAAGCAUAUCAAAUUGUGUGAAAUGAAAUUGACUUUAAGCUGUUUAAAAACUUGGUCUGCUUUGUAUGUAUGUAUGCAUAUUUCAAAACAUUAGCUUGUAUUAUAUUUAAUGUAAUGGAUCUCAGUCAUUUUGUAAGUAUUUAAUAUUUAUUGAGUACUUAUAUUACGUUGCUGUAAUAUUGGGGACUUGUGGUCGAUUUUAAGGUAACAGCUAGGAGAAAAGAAAAAAUAUUUUUUUUUUGUAUCUGGAAUGUUUUUAAAGUUCCAAAGAAAGAAUUGUUAUAAACAUUCCAUGUUUUAUAUCCAGUGUUAUUUUUUUUUAAAAUGAUAUAUUUGUUAUGCAUGUGUACAUUUUAAAAUAUUUUUAUUUUAACACUUGUUAAUGAACUUUACAUAUAAUUUUAUAGUGCUAAAUUUUAGAAGAGACCUAAU